GGCGUGGUCGGUGUGCGUGACGCAGAGACUGAGUGCGCAUGACAGGUAGUGACUCUGGGUCUCUGCUGUGUAGGGAAGCAAAGGGAGGCUAGUAAAGCAAGUGACAAUUAUUCUAAAAAUGGCCGAAGUCGAGGAAACACUGAAACGGAUCCAGACCCAAAAAGGAGUUCAGGGGAUCAUCAUCGUCACAGCAGAAGGAAUCCCCAUCAGAAGCACUCUGGACAACGCCAGUACUGUUCAGUAUGCCGGCCUCAUCCAGCAGCUGGUGAUGAAAGCACGGGUAACUGUGAGGGAAAUGGACCCCCAGAAUGACCUCACCUUCCUCAGGAUCCGCUCCAAGAAAAAUGAGAUCAUGAUCGCUCCAGAUAAGGAUUAUUUCCUCAUUGUGAUUCAAAAUCCGACUGACUGAAGAGAACCCAUCAUCCUUUUUUAAAUACAUAUUAAAUACGUUUUUUUUUCUUAUUAUUUAAAUGUUUCUGUUGCAGAUUCUUUAGGAACACUACCUGAAAAUAGAGGAUUUCUUCGUGGUCAGGAUCCAUUGGAGGUUUUGACAGUGUUUUUGACAGGUUUUGACAGCUUAUGUACAUUUAAACCCAUAAUUCUAGUGCCAUUUCUUUAAAUAAAUCUGAAAUGUUAUUAGUUGAUCUUCAUCUUCAUUGACUUCACCUUAUUGUAAAGGAUACAUCAUAUUAUGAAGAUAAUAUGAAAUAUUCAGUUUAUGAUGCAAAUUAAUUUAAUUCUAACCCCAAGAUUAACUAUUGUCCGUCCUGUCCCCUAUUUUUUAUUUGACCAUCAGUAAUAUAAAGACUGUUGUGCCGUUCUUUGUAAAUCAAGCCUUUCCACAUUUUUAAUAGGGCUUUUGCAGAAUAUUCCAGACUGCAGUGAUUGUGUCUGAUGUAAACCUUUUUAAGUUGUGUUGACAUGCUGCUAGUGACAUUAGGCAUCAUUUUGUAUUGUUACUGAUUAUUUUGUACCGUUACAGGCAUCUCUGACCCAUUGUAAAUAUACUCGAGUACUAAUACUUCUUCAUAAUCAUAAUACGUAUCACCUUAGAUAUAAAUCCCUUGUUUUCUUAACAUUCUUUUGAAAGAUCAUUGAUAAUGAUUAAAUAAAUGCAGGAACUUGGCCCUCA